ACAAAAGUGCUCCGUAUUUCUGUACAUCGCUCAUACCCCAUGGAAUUGGUUAUUAAUUGUUACUGAAUUAAUAAAAACAGCGUUCUUAUUUAUGAUUCUACGCUUCAAGUUAAAUAACAUUAAUUCACAGUCCCACCAUGAAUCCUAUGACAAAUAUGAAGAAUGUGCUCAAACUAAGCGAGCAAGAUCUAAAAUAUGGUGGAAAAAACUCUUGGCACGAUCAGUACCGCGACAGCGCGUGGAUAUUUAUCGGUGGACUGCCGUACGACCUAAGUGAGGGCGACGUGAUAUGCGUAUUUUCGCAGUACGGUGAAAUUGUAAACAUCAACCUGGUGCGUGAUAAGGAAUCGGGAAAGUCUAAAGGCUUUGCUUUUAUCUGCUAUGAAGAUCAACGUUCAACGAUUCUUGCCGUGGAUAAUCUAAACGGUAUCAAGCUGCUUGGCAAAACACUACGGGUCGAUCAUGUGCAGGAUUACAAACCACCGAAGGAGAACGAAAAAACAGACGAGGAAACUCGCAAAUUAUACAUGGAAGGCUGUGCUCCAAAGGCUCAGAAACGCUGAGCAUUGAACAGUAAAUUAGCAUAAUAAACUAUUUAAUAUG